AUGAUGGUCGCCUGGUUGUUCCUGCUCCUGCCGUCGGUUCUCUCUCUUCCUUUCAGCUGCCACGAUUGCGAUGAGAACUGUCGUAAUAGAUAUAGUAUCGCGAGUCUUGGUGAGGCUUGUGUUUUUGGAUGCCAUUCGUCAGUCGGUCUCAAUGCUCGAACGGAUGAGUUUGGUGUGAACUUGGAUUGUGAGCAAAAGUGCAGUCAUUUUGAAGAUAGUGAUUCGAAGUCGGCUUGUUUUGUUGGUUGCACGUAUAUAGCUCCCUUGGAAAUCGUACGCCCUCAAAGUGGACCAUCGCCAAUUUUCGAUGCUCUUAGUGGUCCAAUCAUGAAGAUAUUUUCUUUCUUAUCCUUGAAUGACAAUGGUCAACCUGAGCAAGACCAAGUACCUGUGAGGGAAUCGCAUAUCCGUCUUGUGGUUCCUAAAGAACCCUCGCACAUGAUGGAUGACAGUGUGUACGUGAUUAUGAAUGUUAUUCACGAUUCGAAUGACGAGUCCCCAACUUCAUUCCACAUCAUGCCCGUGUCAUCAAAUGAUGAUGGUUCGGAAAUGCCUUCUUUUGCAAGAACUUUUUGCCGCCGAGCUCACAUUGCUCUCCACAACCUUGCAGCCCAUCCUCUUUUUUUGGUUUCCGUUAUUCUCAUGUUUGUCAUCAGCGCUACUCUACUUGUGUUCGCUUGCGUGCGCCUCAGCGCUCGUCGUGCGCGUUGUGCCACUUUUCAGCGCCAAUACCGGCGCAUGCCGGCCUUCUUUAAGCCUGCCUCAGUGAAGGUCAGUCUGUUGACACCGCAGCCGACAUUCGAGGACGAGGAGGCUCCGGAACUUCCACCAAAAGAAUCAAUCGACAAAAAAGCUCCUAUGCAAUGGACUGAACCCUCUGAACACUCGAAUUCGCCCUUCGCCUGA